GAGGUUCGAGUUAGUUGUCUCGCGCGAGGUGAUAAGUAUCGCCACUUCGAAAUGGAGGAAAAGUACGAAACAGAGCGCCGUUCACUCUCGCCAACAUCGUCGCAUGCAAAUGAAGAGCAUGAUGGGGCGACCUUUUCACCAAUUGCAGCUCCAUCAAAUAAUCUGCGUGACCUGGACACAGUCGAACUGGGCAAAACGCACUCGAGAGCAUCGCGAGCUUCGCGAGCUUCAAUGAAUCGGACCUACUCGUUGACGGACGGAUAUUGUCUUAGCGUUCAAGAUGACGAGGAACUUGAUGAAGAGGAACUCGAACAAAGGAAGGAUGAAGGUGUAACACCGGAGGAUGUAUCCCCGACUGAAUAUCUUGUGAAAUGGUCCGAGAAUGACCCCGAGAAUCCCAGGAAUAUGAGCUAUGCCCGGAAAUGGGUUAUUGCGAUUGUGGUUUGUCUAGGCUCGGUUUGCGUGACUUGCACAUCUUCGGUAUAUACAAUGAUCUAUAGCCAAGUAACCAGAGACUUCCAUUGCUCCCGCGAAGUCGCAACACUCGGUUUGACGACCUUCAUCUUCGGUCUUGGGGUCGGUCCAAUGUUUCUGGCUCCCUUGUCAGAGUUCUAUGGUCGUCGCAUCAUUUAUAUCGCCUCAUUCGCAUUCUACGUCAUUUGGAUGAUCCCCUGUGCAGUUGCGCAAAACAUUCAGACUUUGAUUGUUGUUCGAUUUUUUGGUGGACUCUCUGGCGCGGCUUUUUUAAGUGUGGCUGGAGGUACUGUGGGCGAUUUGUUCAAUCGCAGUGAACUUGCUGCGCCGAUGAUGGUGUUUUCUGCUGCGCCGUUUUUGGGGCCGCAGAUUGGUCCUCUGGUUGGAGGGUUUAUCAAUCAGUAUACCAAUUGGCGAUGGACGUUUUAUACCUUUCUUAUCUGGUCCGGAGUACAGUUGGUAUUAUUGGUCUUUCUCGUUCCAGAGACAUACCAUCCAGUACUGUUGAAGCGCAAAGCUAUCCGCCUUCGCAAAGACACCGGUGAUCAGAGAUACUAUGCCGCGCUCGAGAAACUAGACAGAAGCGUCGCUCAAACCGUUAUCCGCUCCUGUUACCGGCCCAUGUUGCUCCUCACCCUCGAACCAAUGAUCCUCUGUCUAUGCUUGUAUUCAGCCAUUCUCUUGGGUAUUUUGUAUCUUUUCUUCGGCGCCUUCAACCUCGUCUUUACCCGAAUAUACAAUUUCGAAUUGUGGCAAGUCGGAGCCAGCUUCUUGGGUAUAACGGUCGGCAUGAUGGUAGCAGUUGGAUCAGAUCCGCUCUGGCGCGCAAACUAUCAACGUUUGGAGCGUAAUCAUAUAGCUGCCGUGGGUGAGAAGGGAGAAUCAAUGCCCGAAUGGCGUCUUCCGCCGGCUAUUGCAGGUGCUCCUCCAGUCACGAUUGGGAUUUUCAUCUUUGCCUGGACGGCGUAUGCGCAUGUCCAUUGGAUUGCGCCUAUUAUUGGGACAGCAGUGUUUGGAAUGGGGGUCAUCCUCGUUUAUUCCGGAAUCUUCACAUUCCUGGUUGACGCCUAUCCCGAAUUUGCAGCGAGUGCCUUGGCAGCCAACAGUUUUGCGCGAUCGAGUUUUGCAGGUGUCUUCCCUUUGUUUGGAACAUAUAUGUACAAUCGACUCGGAAUUCAUUGGGCAUCGAGUCUGCUCGGAUUUUUGACGUUGUUGAUGCUUCCAUUUCCAUACUUAUUCUUCAAGUACGGAAAGGAGUUGCGCAAGAAGAGCAAAUUCGCGACUUCUCGGGUAUAGCCCUCACCAGAGGUAAACUAUUGUCUUGAGCUCAAACUGUAUAUUUAAUAAACGCACAUUAGAAGCUACAUACUUAGAACUAAAACCAUCUAAUCUAAUUCCGUCUAUACCUUCACCCGUUGAGACAAAAAUUCAGUACUCACCCCCCAAAACUCCUCAGCCACUCCCUCUCCCUCCUCACCUUCUCCUCCCCAUUUUCUGACUUAUCAUCAUAAUCAUCAGCUAAAUACCGCACAUACCCACCCCUCAUCAGACUCUUCCUCGCAACCUCACAAUCAAUCCGUAUAUCCUCCACGAGGGCUUCACGAGAUACAUAGUCAAAUUCAGGACGAAUAUAGCCCAGAAUCAGUAAAUUCAAAUGCGUAGAAUAGAAGUCCGGGAGUUUGAAGAAUGUUGUUGUUGGGUUUUCGUUGGAUGUCGGACUUGGCGAUGUGAGGGGGGGCAUUAUAUGGAU